UCACACUAAGUCCGAAGCUCGACUCGAUUCGCCCUGACGCGCGUAACGCUUUUCCCGCAUCACUUUCCUCCACUUUGGCGCUGAACAAAUCUGCACAGCGAAAAAGGAUGCACCAAGCCGAACACUCGACCAAGUCCCACAACUGCACCUGAUCCCGUGCUCCGAGCAACAACUAUUCGUUUACCAAUUCAAGUUUUCCCUCCAUGUAAAAACAAAUAAAAACAGUGCGCGCACUGAAAACGCGUUAAAACCAGCAUGGGCCUAGCCCGAAAUAAAACAUUUUCGUUUCUUUUUACACCGUUUAUUUAACGCAAUCAAUUAAAUCGAAGCGAUUAGCAGGAUUUGCUCAAAGUGAAUCGCGUUUUAAGCCACUACAAUAAAUGCUAAUGUGAAAAUUGUGCAAUAAUUUAGAGAAAUUUCUAUAAGAAAUUCGUAAGUGAGUUAAGCGAAGAUAAUAAUUAUUGGAAUUGCAAAGGAAGCAAAUGUUAUGCAACUUAAAGUUACCAGUUAAAACACAAAAAAUAACCAACCGAAAGGCAGUACAUACUGAAGGAAUGUGUGUAUAUAGGGGAGUUUGAGACCUCGAAACGAGGACUUCUGCCAGGACUGCGGCUUACUACACCAAGUUUUCGUCGACUUUAAGGAAAACCCACCAGAAAUAAAGGAGAUUUUAAUCUGAAACAGAAUCACAAAGCGCGGACUUCUGAACGCCCACCUGAGCCCCGCCCCCGCCGGAAAGCACCUGUCCCCGGAAUCCGGGCCUCUUCGCCCACGCACGCAAGCGCAGGCUCCCGGGAAGCAGCACUACAGCACCCGUGGCAGCAGCACCACCCGGAAAAGCCAGGGAGAGCCGGGAAAUUAAGAAGUUGGUGAAAUUCUAUUUGCUUUGAUUCCGCCUAUUGUUUCAAUCGCUCAGCCGAAAAUGUGGAGGAAAGCGAGCAGGUUGGUCAGGGAAACCACCUCGUGGAAAACGCGUCGUCAGGGACAAGCUGAAGCCCCAGCAGCAGCGGCGGCGGCGACCAGGACCAGGACGAGGCCGCCGACUGCACGAGGAUUAACCAUCGCCACAUGGUCGCAGUUGGCGGUGGUGGCCGCUGUUGCAGCGCUCCUGCAGUGCCGCGUCUGUCAAGCCGCCGGACGAGCCCCACCGGAGCCCUACUACGGCCGCUACAUCGGGGACUUUACCAACUUUGCCCACGGCAUCAAGGGUCAAAUCUACGCGGUGGACGAGUCGACGCUGUUCGUGAAGUCCUUUGCGUACGACGGCACAGGACCGGACGCCUUCUUCUGGGUGGGCAAGACGCAGCGGCCCAGUCCCGAGGGCUACAUCAUUCCCUAUCCGGAGGAGUACACGGGCCUGGAUCCCCCCAUCCUGCAGGCGCACAACCGAACGGACAUCAUACUGCGCUUACCCAUGGGCAAAAGGAUUAAGGACAUUCGAUGGCUGUCAGUGUGGUGCAGACGCUUCACGGUUGAUUUUGGAGAGGUGUUCAUACCAAACAAUCUGGAUGUGCCCAAGCCACGGGUGCUGCCCGAGUUCAAGCGACUGGCCCACGGGCUGCGUUCCAGCAACAUCAGUGUUCUGGAUGCCAAGACCUUCUACAUACCCAACCUGCACUACGAUGGAGCUGGACCCGAUGCCUACUUCUGGGUGGGCAAUGGCAGCGAACCCAACAUCAUGGGCAUCAAGGUGCCCAAUGAGAGCGGUUCCCUGGAGCCCUUGCGCGGCUAUCAAGGAGAGGACAUCGAGAUCCAGCUGCCUGGAAGCCUGACCGUCUACGACAUCGACUGGCUGGCCGUGUGGUGUGUGGAGUACCGGCACAACUUCGGGCAUGUCUACAUCCCCAGGGAUCUGGACGUGCCGCCAGCCUUGGGCCAGACCAAGAUCACGACCACCACGACUCCACGGCCAGUGUACAGCAAUUGCCGCGAGAUCCUGCCGAACAAGCUGCAGGUGAAGUGGGAGCUCCAGGGCGAGUAUCUGCAGGUGGAACUCUUCGGACGCAUCACCGAGGAUCAGUACAUGGCCUUCGGACUGUCCGGAGCGAAUGGCCGACCGCAGAUGUCCCAGUCCGAUGUGGUGGUGGCCUUCUACGACACCACUGCCCGUGUGUUCCGGGCGGAGGACUACUUCAUCUCGGAUCUGUCCCAGUGCGAUGGUCAGCGGGGCGCUUGUCCGGAUGAAAGGAUUGGAGGUCGCAACGAUGUUAUUGUGUUGAGCGGAGAUAGAAAGAAUGGCGUGACCAGCAUUCGCUAUAAGCGUCUCCUGCAGCCCAAUGAAGCCAUCUAUGAUGCUCCCAUUCCCAUCGAUCGCGAGGUCUCGGUGAUAGCCGCCAUAGGACCACUGAAUGCCCGGAAGGAGGCCAAUGCCCACUCGCACACCGCCAGUGACCACAACCAGGACGACAUUCGCAUCAACUUCUCAGCGAGGAACGACCACGCCUGCAAGAGUUCACUGUACGAUGUGAAGGACGAGAGCGGACCCAAGCCAUGGCCCACGCGCAAAAUCGAAGGCGUCAGGAAGUUCCGUGCCAGCAUUGGACCCACGGGCGGCAAGCGGGGAUACACCGCCAUUACCAAGGUGCCCUCGUGGGGCAUUGCCUGGUAUGUGAACGAUCUGCUGAUCCCUGAGAUUACCGUGGAGCGUGGCCAGACUUACGAGUUCAUCGUCGAGGGCGGCAACGAUCCGGGUCAGCCAGCCAGAUUCCAUCCGUUCUACAUCACGGACUCUCCGGAGGGUGGACUGGGUCAGAAGCUGGGUCUAGAGGCGCGAAAGCAAAAGGCCUAUGCUGGGGUGGAAUACGAUGAGGAUGGCAAUGCUGUUCCGACAGCAGCCGGUCGUUAUUGCGAAUGGGAGCACCAGACCAUUGACAGAUCAGCGGAAAUCGAAACAUUCGAGGAGUACAUGAAAACCCUUGUCUUUAAGUGCGACGAUGGCGAGCCUGGUUACCUCAAUUGGACAGUUCCCAUGAAUGCGCCAGAUGAACUUUACUAUCAGUGCUUUACACAUAAUAAUCUGGGCUGGAAAAUAAACGUCGUGGACAUGGGCGCCUCCAGGGCAUCGAUGCCCGGCAGUCUUCACCUUCUUUUAUAUGGAAUUUCCAUAGUUUUUAGCCUGGUAGCGACAAGCCUGCUUUCUGGAGGCCACGUACUUGCCUGAUAGUGCCAAUAAAUCUAGAUUUCUAGACAAAGUGUUCGACAGACGAGGUCCCGGGAUCUGAGCGCAUAUCCAGACCUAUACAUAUCCCCAUUACCAUCAACAUAUCCCGCCCAAGUUUACAGCAUUUCCAUCUUCUCGAUACGAAUUUAUGAUUUCACACUGACACCAAGCUGCCUGGGACCCGUCUGUCGGAGGUUUUGGGCCACUUGGCGACUUUCACAACCAGGCUAAUAUCAUCUGAAAAACAUAUCUUGACAAUAAUUCGUAAGAUGUAAAACUGUUGAAAUUGUGUGUGCAUGCGUGGGGGCGUAGAACGGGUGGUUGAGCCAUAUAUAUAGCCGGAACUUGAUCGGUUGUUGGCAGUAGAUUUUUGUGGCUAGGCAGCGAGAACUUUUUGUACAUUUACGAGUAUGGAAUUCUACUUUUUUACAUGUAUACUUAUUAAAUUUACUUAUACAUCUACAUCUCUAGUACAGUAAAAUUGUAAUUUUUCUAGCAACUACUACGAAACCUACACACAGGCAUGUAGAUACAGCAUCAUGUUUAAUAUGCGGUUCGAUGAAAACGUAAGCCGACAAUAAUAACGCGACACUGCGACAAUAAAGAUAAAUAAUACAUUAAUUAUGUAAAUGGGCUGCAACUGAAGCCCAGAGACAAUGUACAAUAAGAAUUAUAUGGACGUAGGAAGGGCAGGCAGAGUACGGAGGCAAUUUGUAUGACAAUAAUAUCUACCGAUUUGUGAGUUUUGAGAAUGUUUCGCAGACAAUACCAUACUUUUACACACUUUGAAUGUACUAAGGAACUAAAGACAAAUAAGAGAACUAUGUUAUUUAAUGCUACUGACUACUGUGGUGCUUCUUGUAACGAUAUUAGAUGAAAUGUAAAUCACACGCCGCACACAAUUAGAAUGGCAUGCGAGAAUCCCCCUCUGGACGGGGUGAAGUUUUUGUUAUCAGAUGGUUUUCUUGUAACUUUUUUAACUAUAUUUGCAUAAUUGGUGUUUUUAUAUAAGCAUGAUAUAUAUAUAUUCGUGCAUGUUUACAAUAAGCGAUGUGUUUAUAAUGGUAAGCGAGGCCGAGCGACACACAACUAAGAUGUACGACAAUAAGAGGCGGACAAAUAAAUAUGCUAGAUACUUGAGAAAUAUUUGACAAGAUAUUGAAUAUGUAAUAUUAUAAACUGAUAAAUAUGCAUGUAUGGUAAAUCUUUUUGAUAGUUGUUUGCAUUCAUUUUGGACAAUGGCCUGGUGCAAGCUAAAACCAAUUCAGAACAAUUAACUUUAUAGCCAGGGCUAAGAGAUCCACAUUAAAUGAGCUAAUUUACAUAAGAGAAAUAACUUUUCCUAAAAGUAUAAAUGUAUAAAAACUAUUGGACACUAAUGUUUGUUAAGUUUCUGUUGUUUUGAAUCCUGCGUUUCCUUUUCCUCUAUAAGUUUACGUAUUAAGGGCCACUUUGCUGUAGUAAUGUACAUUUUCGAGAAGAGACGCAGAAAAGUGUAGGGAUCCAUAACAUAUAACUAUGGUGAGUUUUGAUAUUGAAAUUUGACAGGGUCUGGAGCAGGCUUAUAGGUCAAAUUGAUUUUUGUAUAGUUAAUGCAGCUAAGCGCACAAGAGUCCAAAAAACAAAAGAAACCGAAAUCGAAACAAAUGAAAAUGGUAACCAAACGAAACGAUUUAUAAAUAAAUUCACACCUUUAUAUUCAAUUGAAGUACAUACAUAUACAUAUUUACAUUAAACAAAAGGCAAGAAUAUUACUUUCAAAGAAUAUCCCAACAUAAAAAUUUCCAUGUCGAUUAUAACUUAACAUCUCGUACUUAGAUAGCAACAUUUUUCUGCAUUACCUAAACGAAGUACUUUCAUUAAAAAUAAUAAAAACAAAACGAAAAUCAAAAGCAACUUGCAUUCAAAUCUCCAAUUUAAUAAAUAGAUAUGCAUGAGUCGCAGGCUAAGAGGGCGAGAAGAGAAAACUAAUCCACUUUUAAAUGUUAAUAGAUCGCCACAGAUCCCGCAGAAACAAAACCGAUUGACAAUAGCUUGCCAUGAAAUAUGGGCCAGUACAAGUAAAUGGUAGAGAAUUGAAAGAUUGAUGUCAAUAAUAAGAAGCUUCUCAAGCAGAAAAUAGGCGAAGGGCGUAAGAAAGAUCAAAAACAAAUAUUCUACAAAUAAAUUUCCGAAAUGAA